UCCGCGGCGUAAGGUGCGGAGGCGGCCGGGAGGCGAGGCUGCGCUUCCCAUCGCGGCCCGGGAGCUGCGGCUGGAGAGCGAGGCGAGCGGCGCGGCUGGAGUUGCACGGCCGCGCGGGGCCGGAGCGGGGUGCGCCAUGCGGGGUACCCGGGCCGCCCUCUUCCGGCAGCUGCCGCAGCUGGCGCUGCUGCUGUUACUGCUGUUCCAACGGGCUCGGCCCCACGGCAGCCCUGGGCCACUGCAGUGCUAUGGAAUUGCACCCUUGGGCGACCUGAACUGCUCCUGGGAGCCUCUUGGGAACCUGGGAGCCCCCUCCACACUGCAUCUCCAGAGCCAGAAGUACCAUUCCAACAGAACCUGGACUGUGGCAGUGCCCCCCCGCCAGAGCUGGGUAACCAUUCCUCGAGAACAGCUCACCACAUCAGAUGAACUCCUUGUCUGGGGAGCCGAGGCAGGCCAGCCUCUCUGGUCCCCAGUCUUCGUGAACCUGGAAACCCGAAUGAAGCCAGAUGCUCCCCGACUCUGCCCCAAGGUGGACUUUCCAGAGGAUGACCCCUUGGAGACUGCUAUCCAAUGGGAGCCCCCUGUGUGGCCGCCCCAUAAGAUCCUGAUCUGCCAGUUCCACUACCGAAGAUGCCAGGAGAUGGCCUGGACCCUGCUAGAACCAGAAGUGACGUCCAUACCCCUGGCCCCUGUUGAGAUCCAGAAUCUGGAAUUAGCCACUGGCUAUGAGGUGUCUGGCCGCUGCCGAAUGGAGAAAGAAGAUUUGUGGAGUGAAUGGAGUCCCAGCCUGUCUUUCCAGACCCUGCCCUCUGCUCCGAAAGAUGUGUGGAUAUCAGGCAACCCCUGUGGGACACCAGGCGGUCAGGAACCCCAGCAGCUUCUGUGGAAGGCCCCAGGGCGCUGUGCGCAGGUGGCCUACAGAGUGUGGUUCCAUGUGGAAGGUCAGAGGCUGACCCAGGAUGGGACUCCCUGCUGCAACUCCUCCAUCCCCGCCCAGGCGGAGUGGGCUGGGGUGUCCGCUGUCAAUGCCACAAGCUGGGAGCCUCUCACCAACCUGUCUUUGGCCUGCUUGGGUCCAGGCUCUGCCCCGCGUAACGUGACGGUCAGCAGUGUUGCUGGGAGCAUGGAUCUGCUGGUGACUUGGCAACAGGGGUCUGGGGCACUGCAGGAGUACGUGGUGGAUUGGGCUCAAGAUGGGGACCCCUUGGAGAACCUCAGCUGGGUCCGGCUUCCUCCUGGGAACCUCAGUGCUCUGUUGCCAGGAAAUUUCGAAGGAGGGGUCCCUUACCGGGUCACAGUGACAGCAGUCUCUCCUCGGGGCUUAGCCCCUGCUCCCCAAGUCUGGAGUUUCAGAGAGGAACUAGCACCCCUGGAGGGACCGAUGCUUUGGCGACUCCAGGAUGACCCCCCAGGGACCCCCGCCGUAGCGUGGGGAGAGGUCCCUAGGCACCAACUUAGGGGCCAUCUCACGCACUACACCUUGUGUGCACAGAGUGGGACCAGACCGUCUGUCUGCUUGAAUGUGAGUGGCAGCACCCGGAACAUCACCCUGCCCAACCUUCACUGGGGUCCCUGUGAGCUAUGGGUGACUGCAUCCACCAUCUCAGGAGAGGGCCCACCUGGUCCCAGCCUCCAGCUUCACCUACCAGAUAACACCCUGAAAUGGAAAGUUCUGCCCGGUAUCCUUCUCCUGUGGGGCUUGCUCCUGAUGGGAUGUGGCAUGAGCCUGGCCACUUCCAGAAGAUGUCUCCACCUGCGAUACAAGGUGCUGCCUCGCUGGGUCUGGGAAAAGGUUCCUGAUCCUGCCAACAGCACUUCCAGCCAGCCCCAUGUGGAGGAGGUACCUCAGGCCCAGCCCCUCAGGGACUUACCCAUCCUUGAAGUGGAGGAGAUGGAGCCUGUACUGGUGAUGAAGCCCCCCGAGGCCUCCGCCCAGCUUGACUCUGGGUAUGAGAAACACUUCUUGCCCACACCUGAGGAGCUGGGCCUCCUGGGCCCCCCAGCCCCAGGCCCCAGGCUCAGGCCUGAACUGAUCGCAGGCCAGGAGAGUGGUGCUCAUUUGACAGAUGAAGACUUGAGGCUCAAUGAGGCUGAGUCACUUGCCUGAGGAGACCCAGCCAGGAAGAGCUGAGAUUGAAGGACCCGAACAGAGAAGGGCCUGGCCCUACAGGGAAUAUAUGGGCGAGGGAGCAAAAGAUAAUAUAUGAGAUCUGGAGUGGCAUUCCGGGAAAGUCUUCCCAAAUCUGUUCUGCUGGUUAGAUUCACUCCCAGCCUCCCUCAAAGCUCAGGCAGGAAUGGGCUGAAGUCUCGCUGAUGGAAUGGAGGGUGAUGCAUGCCGACAGAUUGGGCAGGGGCCCCUCUGUUCUCUUCCCUUUCACGUGAGCUGUAGCAUCAUUGCACCUGUUGCCCAGCUUUGGCCACACCCACGGGGAGGAUGGAUCAAGAAACGGACUUGUGGAUCCACCAAAUGACUGUGGAUCAGAGCAGCCCAGAAAAAUAAACUUAUGUUUUUUUA